UCACUGGAGAAACAAAUUGAAGGUAAUUUGUAAAAAUCUACAUAUUUUUUCUUAUAGUGAAUUUUGUUUAGAUUGAACUUGCUUGAAUUGAUUUUUAUGAAUAUCUUCUCUUGUCUAGGUUUAAGAGUUACGAACGAUAAAAAUAUUUUCUCCUUGUGUUUUAUUUUUUCAUUCGACUGGCGCAACUAAUUUUUCGGGCUUGUUUGUUAAGUUUUGUAAUGUCCAUUAUUCCUGAAGCUAGUUUUGAGAUUUCUGACGAGAACUCUAUGACUUCACCUUUUCCGGUUAAUAGGGUAAUAUACUUUCAAUCGUGUUCGUAGGUCUUUCAUUUUUAGUAAAGACAUGCUUUCAAAUUUUGUGCACUCUAAAAAAAAUUAAGUUAUGCAUAUGAUGUGUUGUCAUGUUGAUGUUGUAUUGUAGAAACGUAAAAAAAUGAAUAAAUCACGUGGUUCAGCGGCUGAUAAAUGGACUGAUGAAGAAACAUCUAUCCUUAUAAGUGUCUUGUAUGAUGACGCGAGGAAGUCCAGAUUUAAAGGUUAUGCCAUCAGUGGUCCACGAUUAAUAGAAGUUAGGAAAGAGUUUUUUGAGAAAAUUGGAAAUCGAGAUAAGUUUGAUGAUGAGAGAAUUAAGUAAAAGAUUCAACGAUUAAGGGAAGACACAAAAACCUUCAAGGAUCUCCUUAGUUCUUGCUCUGGAUAUGGAUGGAACCCUACAACUAACACAAUUACAUGUCCAUCUCAUAUUUGGUCGGAGCAUGUAGCGCAAAAGAAAAAGAAGAAAAUAUAUAUUUCCAAGUACAGAUACCAUGGUCUUAAAGAUUAUGACACACUGGAUGAAAUUUUUGGAAACUCAUUUGCUACCGGGGACCAUGUCAUGUAUAGUACAAAUCCUAAUCUUCCACCAAAGUCAAAUGAAGUUAUUGUUGAGGAGUAUGAACCUUUUGAUGGUGAUGAUGAGCAUGUUGCUACUGUAAACACAUGUCAACCUAUGUCUCGAAAUACUGGUAGUGGUUCUGGUAGUGCAAAGAGAACUUUAGAACCUUCUGAGGGUGGAACAUCUACGCGUCGUAAAAAAAGGUCGUGCUACAAAUUUUAACCAAUCCCAUGAUUACUUUAGAGAACACUUGGAGUGGAAAAGAAACAAAGCAGAAGCAAAAGAAAGAAGAAAGCAGGAAGAGGAACAAGAACGAGCAGCAAAAGAAAAUGAAAUUGAUGUCUACUCUGAGGCAGCUGUCACCGUUCACUUACAAUUUAUUUUGGAAAAACAUGAUUUAGUUAACAAAAGUUUUUCACCAGCUGUGACUUACUUGCUUAACCCCAGCUUUCGCAAGAUAUUUGUUCACAUGACUGAAAAAAAUCAAGUUGAAUGGUUUAAAGACUUGCAAAAAGAUUAAGCCUUGCGUUAUUUUCAUGGUGUUAUAUUAUAGUCUAAUGCGUAAAUUAAAACAUCAAAGUUAAUUAUUUCUGUUGCACUUCGUUGUGAUGUAGACAUGAAUAUUUGUGUAAUGACUUCUUAUGUGUUAUUAACUUUCUUUUUAAUGAAUGAGUUUUCAAAAAAAUUUAUGAGAUGUACAUAUGUUAUCUUCUAUGUAUGUUUAGUUUCAUUUAUUAAAAUCUUCUUAAUUCUAGAACAUCUUUUUUUCAGUGUAUCUUUGUCUUUUAUACAUCUUCUCACAUAUGUUUUUGUGGUUUUCUCAGGUUUAAGUGUUGAUCAGUAGAUCAACCUUUUGAAGAGUUACGACAUAUUAAGGGAUACUCAUGAUUCAUAUUUGAUUUUCAAGUGUUAGUGACCCAUCCUUUCAAGUGUAAUAUUAAGUUGAAAAAUUAUGAGCAUUUCCAGUAGUGAUACCACUAGUUCAGACAGUGACAGUGACGAUUACAUUAUGUUUUGUGCUAUAGUUGAUCAUACUGAACAGGUUGUACGAGAAAGUAGGCUAUUAUCUCGCCAACCGCAGCAUACAUCUAGACCUGGUAUGGCAUGGGUUGUUGAUCUACUUCGGGGACAUCGUAUGCGUAUGUAUGAAUCUAUGCGUUUUUAUCCUGAAACAUUUGAGCAUCUUAUCAAAGUAAUAAGACAAAAUAAUUUGUUAUCAUCUGAUGGUAGAACCACACAUGUUCUAUUAAUGGAGUCUGUAGCUAUUUUCCUAACUGUUGUUGCACGUAAUGAUAGUCAACGAUCAGUAAGUGAAUGUUUUCAACAUUUACUCGAGACAAUUAACCGCCAUGUUAGAAGAGUUGCUGAAGCACUUUGUCAGUUGGCGCCAACAUAUGUAUAUCUAAAAAAUAUGAUCGGUGUACAUGCAAAAAUUCGCCACAACAAUCGCUUUUGGCCUUGGUUCAAGGAUUGUAUUGGUGCAAUUGAUGGAACAUAUAUUCAAGGGGAAGUCCCAAGAAAUAAGCAACAAGCAUAUCGUAAUCGUAAAGGAAAUACUUCACAAAAUGUUUUAUGUGCAUGCGAUUUUGACAUGAGGUUCACCUUUAUCGCAGCAGGCUGGGAGGGUACUGCCCAUGAUAGUAAAGUGCUUGAGAAUGCAAUUCUUGACUCAUCGGCCAACUUUCCAUUUCCAUCACAUGAUAAAUAUUACGUUGUUGAUGCUGGUCUAUGGAACACAAGAGGAUUUUUAGCUCCAUUCAAAGGAAUGCACUAUCAUUUGCAGGACUACCGAGGAAGUGAAAGAGAGCCUAAGAAUGGAAAAGAGCUAUUUAACUAUAGACAUGCUUCUCUGCGCAAUGUAAUUGAAAGAACUUUUGGUGCGUGGAAAAGUAGAUUCAGAAUACUAAGACAAGGCAUGAACAAUUAUGAAUGUGACAUGCAAGUGAAAAUAGUAAUUGUUUGCGCUGUAUUGCAUAAUUUUUUACAUGAACACCAAAGUAGUGAUGGAAUAUUCAAUGAAUAUGAAAAUGAUGAUAUGGUUGUUGAUGAAAGUGACGAACUAUUGGCUCAGGGAAACAACAUCGCUUCAUCUUCUCGAUCAUCUGAUUCGGAAAUGCAAGCUCAUCGAGAAGAGAUUGUUCAUAAAAUGUGGGAAGAUUAUAUUAAAGAAUAGGUUGAACUCUUUCAGAUGAGAAAGCAUAGGUUCUUCAGUGAUUGCAAUAUUUAUUUCCUUUUGUUUUCUUCUCUUUUUUUUCCCGAAUUUAUAUUAGUUGUAUUUUCAUUAUCAUGAUUAGUACCAAGACCUUUUCACUAUACGAAUAUUUACUGUAAUGAUUCUUGUUAA